UGAGAGUAAAGAAACAACCUCUUUCCUUGCUUUUAUCCAGGUGGGGGCCAACUAGGAGUUUCAUGGCAUUGCAUUACAAUUUCUUCUACCCCUUUUUCCACGAAGAGGGUAAUUUCUCUUACUUUCCUUUUUCUGGAUAGGCAUUCUUGUGCCCCCCAGGACAGAGGGACGUUGAGAUUUCACAUAAAUGCCGAGCUUGAACUUUAUACCAAGUCACUCAAACAUCGGUCGGCUUUUGGACGACGUCAACGUGCUCAAAACUUAAUGCCUCAUGGCGUUUUGUAGUGGUCAUUCCAUCACUCUAUGUUUGAAUCCACUCCAAAAUGGCUGAGAAAGGAAUUAUUCGAUCCCUCUAGCUUUUUGCUGCUACGCAAUCAAUCGUACACUAAGACGAACAAGUCCACUCGAUUUGUAUUCGAUAGUUCGAUGGAGUUUCAAACUUUCAUGGCGUGAGAUUCACAUGCUUGCUCAAUCGCAGGAAAACUUAAUUAUAAAUUGCUCCGUGGUUGGCAAGGUUGAGUGUUGCGUGUCUUUAUUUCAGAGUUUCACGUAUUGGAGCUUUGGAUUGGUUGGCGAAGCAAAGUUAUAUAUGGCACUAGCAUUUGUCGGAUCGACUGCUCUGGGAGCAGCAUUUGGAGAGGCAUUUGCUGUGUUGUAUUCUACGGUUAAGGAUGUGAUAAGCAAAACCAUUGCAUUCAAAUCCAUUCUCCAACAACUGAAAAGCACGCUAGAUGUGUUGGAUCCACUGGUUAAAGAUAUACAACAAUCAAACAGAGAAUUGGGUCGGUCAGAGAAGGAAACACAUGACCUGAUCCAACAAAUGAACAAGGGCGUGAAGCUCGUAAGUAAGUACUCCAACCUUAAAGGGUGGAAACACUUUGUGAGAUGCCAUUAUGAGAACAAGCUUUGCAGUUUGGACGAGGCCCUUCACAGGUUCUUUCAGAUUCAUAUACCAGCAUGGGGUUUCAGGAAUGGGAUAGAGGUUUUGAGGGGGGUGAAUGAUCUUUGUGCGCAGACGAAUUCGGCUGGGAUAAACGGUGUGUUGCCGUGUGCGGUUCCUGAACCCCCUGAUUUUGAUGUGUUGCCGUGUGCGGUUCCUGAACCCCCUGAUUUUACUGUUGGGUUCGAUGUGUCUUUGAAGGAAUUGAAGAUGGAGCUGCUGAAAGAAGAGGUAUUGAUGCUGGUGUUGACUGCUCCCGGAGGAUGUGGGAAGACCACAUUGGUUAAAAUGCUCUGUCAGGAUGAGGACAUCGAAGGCAAAUAUGAGAUUUUCUUUGUCAUGGUUACAAAAACUCCAAACCUGAAGGACAUUAUACAAAGGAUUUUUGACCAUAAGAAGGUUCAAGUUCCUGAGUUUCAAAGUGAUGACGAUGCAAUUAACCAUCUGAAGCAACUGCUGAAUCGAAUCAAGCAACAAAAUCCUAUAUUGUUGAUCCUGGAUGAUGUCUGGUCUGGAUCAGAAUCCCUCCUUGAGAAGUUUAAGUUCCAUAUGACAGGUUAUAAGAUUCUAGUAACUUCAAGAACUGCAUUUCCAAGGUUUAGCUGUAAAUAUAAGUUAAAACCUUUAAGUGAUGAGGAUGCAACAAAACUUUUUCGCCACUCAGCAAUUCUGCAAGAUGGGAACUCUUACAUUCCGAAUGAUGAUACUGUCAAAAAGAUAUUGAAAUUCUGUGGGGGGUUCCCUCUGGCCAUUGAAGUGAUUGGCAGGUCACUCUGUGGACAGCCUGUCGAGGUCUGGCGCAGUAAAGCGGUGAAAUGGUCUACUGGUCAUUCUAUUCUUGGUUCUAAUAGUGAUCUGCUUAAUUGUCUCGAAAAGAGCCUAGAUUUCUUAGAUGAUGAACUCAUCAUCAAGGAGUGUUUCAUGGACCUAGGUUCAUUUCCUGAAGGCCAAAGUAUCCAUGUUACUACUCUCAUGGAUAUGUGGAUAGAGUUAUACGAACUAGAUGAAGAUGGUAUCCAUGCCAUUGCCAACCUAUAUGAAAUCAGUGCUAGGAAUCUGGCUAGUCUAUUUGUCAAAAGGAAAGAUGCAAGUGAUUUUGCUAACUACUACAGUGAAGACUAUGUCACACAGCAUGAUCUUCUUAGAGAGCUUGCUAUCCAUCAAAGCAGCCAGGGGCCAAUAGAACAAAGGAAAAGACUGUUUAUUAAUAUUGGUGAAAACAAUCUUCCCAAGUGGUGGAUGGACCAGAAGCAGCAAUCUCUCAGUGCUAAUUUAUUGUCUAUUUCAACUGAUGCAAUGUUCUCAUCGAGUUGGUGUAAUAUUCAACCACCUGAAGUUGAGGUUCUAGUUCUGAACUUUCAAACAAAGAAUUACCAAUUACCCAAGUUUGUGGAGAAAAUGGAUAAACUAAAGGUGUUAAUAGUCACAAAUUGUGGUUUCCUUCCUGCUGAAGUAAGUAAUUUUCAGAUACUUGGGUCUCUACCCUAUCUGAAGAGAAUCAGAUUAGAGAGGCUUUCAGUUCCUUUCCUGUGCAAGAUCCCAAUGCAAAUGAGUAGUUUGAAGAAGAUAUCCCUGUUUAUGUGUAGUAUCGGCCAGGCUUUUAGGAAUUUUACCGUCCAGGUUUCAGAUGCAUUGCCAAAUCUUACAGACAUAAACAUUGACUAUUGCAAAGACCUAGUGGAAUUGCCUGAAGGGCUGUGUGAUAUUGCCCACCUGAAGAAACUCAGUAUUACCAAUUGUCAUAAGCUUUCCGCACUACCCGAAGCAAUUGGAAUGUUGGUGAAUUUAGAAAUGCUAAGGCUUAGGUGCUGCAGUGAUUUGUCAGAGUUGCCAGAGUCAAUUAGAAGCCUCCAGAACUUACGCAUUCUUGACAUAUCCGCUUGCCUGAGCAUUAGCAAGUUGCCGAAACACAUUGGUGAACUGAGUAAUUUAGAAGAGCUCCACAUGAAAGAAUGCUUGAGAUUGAGUAGACAGUUGCCAGAAUCGAUCAUGGAGCUUAAGCAGUUGAAGCUUGUUAUAUGUGAUGAAGAGAGGGCCAGGUUAUGGGAGCCUAUCAAGGACUUCCUCACCAAUCUAAAGGUUGUGGUGGCAACUAAAGUUAUAAAUUUGAAUUGGCUUCACAAUCGUUACUUCUGACAAUUUCCAAUUCUUGGAUAAUGUUGUCGUUAUAAUUAAGUGCAACGUUCUGUUCUUUUCCCUUCCGUCUUUCCUUUGUCUUUUUUUGUUUCUUCUGAAAAGAGCAUGAAACAAAGUGAGUUUGUACAACCAGAAGAAAGAUGGUAUAUUUGGGGAAUUGCAUUAUAGAGGAAUGCUUCUAGUGAAAAGGAUGUGGGAGAUUUUGUGGUAUGCUGUCAAAGAAGAGAUCAUGCUAUUCAGAAAAGCUUUCAUGGUAUGAGAACAGGUCGGCCCAAAAUGAGCUCAAAGGAUUAGAAGCCUUAUACUCUACUGCCGGCAUGUCUCACAGACCUGUUCACGUUGGUACAUAGUUCUAAUCAGCCCUGCAUGAUCUUUCCUUUUUUCAUAUUUUGUGAAAUGAUUAUUGAAAGUUAUAUGACAAGUGAUGAUCUUCCGGUUCUCAAUAAAUUUUGAAAAUAGACUAA